UCGUGUUCUUUUUCAAGUAAUAAGAUUCUAUAAGCCAUCACGUAUUUAUUAAAAUGUCAUCAAAACAACAUAUGAAGGCUUCUACGACAGUCGCUUCGGCUGAGACCGUUUAUACAUGGACGAUUAAGAAUUAUCGUUUAAUAAAAUGUAAAGUUGGAGAAAACAUAGAAUCCCCAAAAUUUAGUGUUGGAAGUGAUAAUAAAGUAUAUUUCAAUUUGGAAUUAUUCCCUGAAGGUCAAUGUGCGGAAGUUGAAGGAUUAUUCAAUUCUCUUUAUCUUACUUAUCUGAAAACUGAUUCAACGAAGAUACUAGAUAAACUCAUAUGUAAAAGUACAAUAUCAGUUAUUAGAGAUAAAAAAGUUGUUACUGAACUGAAAGUACAUGAAGAUUAUCUGAAAACUAAUUCCUGGGGUAGAACGAAAUUUUAUGAUCUUAAUAAGAUUGACGAUUUAAUUUCCCUGAAGAACACUGUAACUUUUCGAUGUGAACUAGAAAUUUUUACUGAAUAUAUUAACAAUGAAAAUGAGACUGAUAACGAGACUGAAGAUGAGAAUUUUGAAGAAAAGAAAUUCAACUUGCCAUUUCCCAGUGAAGAACUCAGUGAUAUUGAGUUGUCAACUUCUGAUAAAAAAACUAUAAGGGCACACAAAUUUGUACUCGCUAUGAUCAGCCCAGUAUUUAGAGCGAUGUUUACCCAUGACAUGUUGGAAACUAAAAACAAUACCAUCAAGAUAAUUGAUACUUCUCACAAUAUUCUAGUUGAAAUGUUGCGAUUCAUGUAUACAGGUGAGAUUGAAAUUAACGAAACAGAUAUGAUUCUGCAGCUUUUAGCAGUGGCUGAUAAAUACCAAAUUGAUAAUUUGAAAAUCAAGUGUGGAAAAUUGUUAUAUGCUGAAUUAUCUACUGAAAAUGCAAUUGAGUUUUUAACAUCUGCUAACAAAUAUAAUGCGAUGCACUUGGAAAAUAAAGUAUUGAAGUUUGUUACUGCUCAUCCGCAAUUACUUGAUUCAGAACAACUAAAGAUAGCUGAUCCUGCUUUACUACUCAAAAUAGUAUAUUCAUUGAGAGAAGCAUUAUUAACAAAACAGAAGAAACCUUGA